AUGCCUGCGACUCGACUCAGGCCGGGGACCAAGAGGAACCUUGUCGAAACCGGUGCGCUUCUUCCUGACGCUACAAUUGAGGAGCGCAUCGCCGCGUUAGCCAAUGAGUUGCAGCGGCUCGAGUCGCCUGCAGACCUUGCUCUGCUAUAUCCUCCGCAGUUUUCAAACACAUGGCAACCUGAGGAACCAUACAGAAAAGAGAGAGACAUCCUGGACGAGUUGAUUGCUAUGGAGGACCAUAAGCCUGCAACUGAAGAGAAGGACUUCCUAGAGUUUCAUCUUGGAGAUUUCUGCGUGUAUUGCUCCCCAGGGCACCAUCGAGGGUGUGAAGGUCAAUACGAAAGUUUACUGACUGUCGCCGCGGAAAGUCAACAUUUGCCUGUGAAGGACGCGCACAAACACAAGCUGCAUUGGCUCCUGGAUGGUGUUCUUGAGCACAAGGGAACUCAACGACGUAUCAUGGGGGCCCAGAUUAUCGAUGUCAGCAUCGGCGGAUUUGAGGACCUUGGAGAGCACAGCACAGAUGGUCUGAUAUGGAUAAUGACACUCGAGGGCAGCAGACGGGGCUAUUGGUACCGUCUCACAACCCCUACAGCACCCUACAGGAAGUAUUGGGCAGACUUCGUUUGGUUGAGUCGAUUUUGCAAGUACUUUAUCGACUACCUUUUCGACUCCUCCACAAGAGAAAUAUGUCUCCUCGACUUCAAGACCAAUUUCUGGGAAUGGCUUCGAAAGCUACACGGCGACAAAGUCAAUGGAUGGCAUUCACAAUGUGCCUUCAAAAAGGGUUCGGACUACCGUAGCCGAGUACUACGACAUGCGCAAUUCCUCUGGAACCAAGCAUAUUCUUUAUAUGGAGCGGACCACGCCAAGUUGACAUAUUCCAUCUGGGAUGAGAUCAAUGCUGGCCACUUUACCCAUGAUAAACAGGGGAGUUCCACAACUGAAAAGACUAUUGUUACGGCAAAUGUUGCUUACACAUUCCUCAAAAUAUUCCCACAUUGGAAGACACAGUUCGACCUCCUGGAGGUUGUACGUCCAUGUGCCGAGGUCGAAGCCUACAGACAACAGAGAUUAAAGGGCUGGGACUUCCCUGACAAAUUCGGCCAUCAACAACGCAGUGAAUUCAUGGGUGAGGAGCAGAUCUCAAAGGCUGCUUUGAUCCUCGAACAAGCACUUCCAGACAGGCCUGUUCGAGCACAAACAACCGACGAGCUCCUACGGAAAGUUGUCAUCGUCCGCAUCAAGUCCGAGAAUUCGCAAUACGAGCUCCGAUAUGCGUGGGUCCGGGCAGUGUCAUGGUCUUUGAAAACAAUUAACGUUGUCUGGUUAGCAUUGCCAACCGACACUAUCUGUGGAUCUAUGGAUGAUGGUACAUUUUAUGCCAUCGGUAAUGAGCUGUUCUUCACCGACGAGUGUAAUUGUGUCGAAGUUAUGGCCGAAGACAUCGUUAAGGUUAUCGACGCUUCAGUAUUCGCGGACCACGCUCAAGGACGUUCAGAGAUCUUUGUCCACUGUCUAUAUCGAACAAAGGAAGAAGUUUUCGUCAAUGCAGUCGAGGAGAAUCUUACGUGUCGAUGUCGCUCUUCGAAGCGUGCACCGUUCACUAAGAAGAAGCAACCAGAAUCUCCAACAACCCACGCUGCUCAGCAGCCUCGCACAAAACUCAAGGUCCUCAGCUUAUUCAGUGGAUGCGGGCUCUUAGACCAUGCUUUCUGUGCGCCUGGCUAUGCCCAAACCGACAUCGCGAUUGAACACUGCGAAGUUGCUAUUCGGAGUUACAGAGCAAAUGACGAACAGAACCACACACGCUGUGUGCUUGGUUCAGUCAACGAACAAUUUCUGAAGUACUUGCGAGGAGACGAGUGUAUAGGACAGAUUGACUGCAUUACCGCCGGCUGCCCGUGUCAGGGCUUCAGCUCCCUCAACGCCCACAAGCACAACCUCAAAGGCCAGAAGAACUGCUCCUUACUUGCACAUACAUUGUCGUGGGUGGAAAUAUUCAUGCCUGCGUACAUGGUCAUUGAAAAUGUGCCAAGAAUGGACAGUGGACGGCCAAAUGCUUGUGCUCAGGCAAUGUGUCAUCUUGUGGCUCUCGGAUAUCAAGUUCGGAAGAUGUUAUGUGAGGUCUCGGGCCUUGGAGGCGCUUCAAAACGUAAGAGGAUUAUCAUUAUUGCCGCAGCCCCUGGCGUGGUUUUGCCUAAUGCCAUCCCGAACACUUAUGGUGAUGGUAAGUCGCAGAUGGCUAUCAGAACAUCUUCUCAGGCGAUGAGUGGUCUCCCAGCAUUGCAUAACGACACUGUCAUCAACAUUGCGGAUCCCGAUCACGUUCCACUACAGCGAUUAGGAGUUGAUUUCCGCCAAGGAGUCAACUUCCGCAGUCUUGUGCAGCAUAUCCCUACUAAACCGAACAAUAUGUCACUCACAAAGACCUACAAUAAGGGCGGCCUUUCCCUCUCACAGCGAAAUUGGUACAAGACCCUCCAUAGGUUCAAGCGUAGAAAGGAUUCGACGUGCCUGACGCGAAUCAAUUCCGACAAGCCAUUUCAGACGAUCUGUACUAAGAUAGGUCCUAUGUGCGCAAAGUUCAGCGGCGUGAUUAUACAUCCCUUCGAGGAUCGCACAAUCUCGCUCAAGGAGGCACGUCUGGCAAUGGAUGUUCCGGACUGGUUUUUACUAGUCGGUUCCAUUAGCGACCAAUUCAAGAUGCUUGGUAAUGGAGUACCGUGGGUUCUUGGUGCGGCGAUCGGUCGUGCCGUGGGCAAGUCCUGGGUUGCAAGCCUGGAACGACGCGCGAAUCGUGCCAUCGGACACGUUGCAAAGAGGCAGGGGCAGGACAUUGGGAACGCUACGCAGAAGUUUGACGGUGUGUACGUGUCUGCGAAUUCAAGACGGGUCAGACAUGUGGUUCCUGACGACGAGGAGGAAGUUCGCUCGUCUACAAAAGUAAAGCGGCCAAGACCCGUGGUCACUGAUAGCGACAAGGGGAAACGUGGCUUGUUUGCAGGCAUGAAGCGGACAAGACCUGUGAUUCUAGAUGAUGAUGACGAUGACGAGAGUGACUCGUCUAUGAAGAUCAUCGCGGCGAGACGUGAGAAGAAGCGUCCGCAGUGGUAG